UUGACAGUUGUCGGUAAGACGGCGCAACGAAUGGUGUGCCGGUGUGCGUAAUGCGUGCCAUCCGUGUGUGAAACGAAACGUUAACUCUGUUUAUAAUCUAUCUGUCAUUUGUGUAAAACAAACCCAAUAUUAUUAUUUUAAUUUAAUGAACUAUUGUACUGUUUAGUUAUAAUUCUAAAAAGACCAUUAUUCCUUAUCGUAUCCCCAAGUUCUAUCCAAUAUAAGACUGACGUUAUGGGGUGGUGCAAUUGAGUUGUCCUGUCAGAUUAAUACUAAAACACUCAAGUGCUUAUAUUCAAAUGUUUUUAAUCGAACGCCGUGUUGAAUUCAAAUCUGUGUGAUUUGUUCCAUUUACUGCAGUGCAGUAUUUGACUUGGAGCAUUAAGACAGAAAUUAAAGAGAAGUGAAGAUGUCAAAGGUUUCUCUUAGUAAUAUACCAUCGAACCCCCGUAUAAAUCGUUUGAGAACCUUUUCAAGGACUGAAAGCGAGACAUCAUGCGAAGAGGCGGCGCGUUUGACAGCGGAAGGUGCAGCUGAUGAUGAUGAUGAAGCCUACGACUACGGGGAGCUGCCACCACCACCAGACGGCGGCUACGGCUGGGUGGUGGUGUUCGCCUCCUUCAUGUGCAACCUGGUGGUUGACGGUAUCGCAUACACCUUCGGAAUAUUCCUCCCCGAACUGGUCACGUACUACGGCGAGGGUAAAGGAACCGUAGCGUGGGUUGGAAGUCUGCUAUCUGGAGUGUAUCUUGCGGCUGGUCCUAUUGUAUCUGCGUUAUGUAACAAAUAUGGCUGUCGAGCGGUGUGUGUUGCUGGCAGUUUGGUCGGCUCUGUUGCCUUCGUUCUGUCAACCUUCAGCAAGAGCGUCACUAUGAUGAUGAUCACAUAUGGACUUAUUGGAGGCAUGGGUUUCGGUAUGAUCUACCUGCCGUCUGUGGUUGCUGUGGGUUAUUAUUUCGAAACCCGAAGGUCACUAGCCACCGGUAUAGCUGUGUGUGGUUCAGGCGUGGGUACCUUCAGCUUCGCCCCUCUAGCUGCAAUCUUGCUCAACUACUUCGGAUCCUGGCAGAAUGCUAAUUUACUACUGGCCGGUUUGAUAUUAAACUGCGCUGUAUUCGGGGCCCUGAUGAGACCGCUUGUUUAUCCCAAAACAUCAGGCGAAAAGCCUCUCCUCCAAAGAAUGGCGGAAGAAAAGAGGUUGCAAAUGGAAAGAGGCUCUAUAGGCGGCUCGUACUUCGUUGUGCAAUUACCGGAUGGUACAAUGGAGAAAAGAUUAAAAGCGCCACUGAAUAUUGAUCCAGGUGUACAUUCUUCCCUGAAUCUGGAAGCAUUAGCUCGUGUACCCACCAUCCCAAACAUGCCGGGUGUACCCACAGUGCCAACACUUCCAACUAUCACCGAGGCAAGAGUGGUCGAUGAAAACGUUGACAAGAAAAAGAACGAAAACGGCAGCGCACUAAGUCCUAGCCAGCAGGAGCAGCAAGCUAUGUCCAGGAAUGUUUCGUCUCCAGCCUUCAGCGCCACGGCUCCGGGAAUACCUAAAAACGGUUCCGUGCCGUUCUUCGACCGUCAGCGGAAACACAGCUCCGCCGACAGGUCAGCAAAUGAUAGAUUUAAACCGUCCCUAGCUGCUAUAAAAGCCACGUCCAAAACUUCAAUGAGCAGCCACCGCGGCGACGGUGAUGCGGAGAGCAACAUGUAUACAUCAAAAUUAUCAGUAUCCGCCAAGGAGCCGUCCCGCAUGGUUCGUCCGCUGUCCCGUAAGGACAUCUUCUACUCCGGGUCCGUCAUCAACCUGCCGCAGUAUCAGAGCCAGAAGUCGCUCCAGGGCUACAGAAACUCGGUGCUGAGUCUACCGCAGAGCAGGCAGGCUGGGGAUCUCGAACGACAAGAACAAUACGAUUUAUGCCCAUGCCUGUCGCUGCCCGAAUCCUUCAAAGCGGCCUUAUCCUCAAUGCUCGACGUGAGCCUGCUGCGAGACCCCGCCUUCAUGUUGAUAGGAGUGUCCAACGUGUUCGGUAUGGCCGGGCUGUAUGUACCCUUCGUGUACAUAGUGGACGCCGCUCAGAUGACUGGUGUAGAGCAGUCCCAAGCUUCGUUCCUGUUAUCAAUCAUCGGUAUAACGAACACUAUCGGUCGUAUCGCUUGCGGCUGGGUCGCUGACUUUCCUUGGAUGGACUCACUGUUACUGAACAACAUAUGUCUUGUUAUUGCUACUAUCUCUGUCGGCGUUACUCCGUUCUGCACCACCUACGCGGCGUACGUAGCUGUUGCGAUCGCUUUUGGAAUUGCUAUUUCUGGCUAUAUAUCUCUGACGUCCAUCAUCCUGGUCGACCUGCUGGGUCUUGACAAGCUGACGAACGCCUUCGGUCUCCUGAUCCUGUUCCGUGGAGCCGCUGCCAUCAUAGGCUCGCCCCUGGCCGGUGCCGUCUACGACGCUACGAGGAACUACGACGCCUCCUUCUACAUGGCCGCAGCUUUCUUCCUGGCCGCUACGCUGACGUCAUUCGCCGCACCCAUGUUCCGAAGAAAACAAGAGGAGGUCCAACAACCGAUGGACGUGCUGACUCCAAUAGAUGAGGAUUUGGAAGAAGGUGAGGAAGACGAUCCUGAAGACACCCCCAUAACUAUGGGCGCUCAUUUAGCGUCGAGGCCUCCUGCCAUCACGAGAACAGCCGCCUCGCCUUCCGACCCUCCCUCCCCUAGUCCGCCAGAGGAGCGCCCUCAGAGGGAGAGCGUCCUGUGAGACUGACACGUCCUUUCUGAUGUGAGGGAUUAUACACCCCUCAACGCUCCCCACUCCAACAUUUUAAAUUUAGAACGAGACCCGUCGUUCAGAAUCCUCAAGUCAUAUUCAAAGUAUUUCCAACAGUCGUGUGAAAUAUAUCAUUACCGCUCAAUCCGUACUCAGCAUAUUUAGCUGAAAAUACUUAUGUACCAUAUGAGGGACUAUUUUUGGGACGGAUACAUAGAAACUACCAAAGUUCUUAUGUACAUGCUCAUAACCUCUAUAUACUGAAUCACAUAGUUUGUUAGUGAGGAUUUUUCUGUAUGUUAACUCUUGAAUAAUUUCACUUGAUGAUUUUGAUAAAAUCUUGUUUAUUUAUAUAACUAUCCUUUACAUCAUAUUUAAAUUUAAAAAAAAUCAUUUUUUUUAUUUAUAUUCAGUUUGCAUAAUCUGUUCUAGAUUUCUUGAUGUCAUCUCCGUUUUGCGAUUAAGUAUUUUGGUUGACUUGGAAUAUCUAUGAAAUACUAAUUUAUUGUGGAUUUAGUUAAUUUCUUUACAAACACGCGUCUAUACGCACGCUCUAACAAAGAUCCAAUGGUGCAGAACAUCUCUCAAUUAAUAAUGUGCUUUAUUGUUACCAUUGAAGGUUGAUAAUCCAUUAACAGGGAAUUUGUAUCGCGGUUUAUCGAAAUAUCCAUUAUUUAAUUGUUUUUAAAUAAAAUAAUAAUUAAUAUUAGGAAGAAAAAAAAAAGAAAAAAGCCGAGAAUUAUGUUUAAAAAUAUAUAUAUAUAUAAUUUAUAACAAACAAGUAUUCUGUUCUAAAUGUAAUCAGAUCUCAAGCUGACAUUAUAAAUUAAAUUCCAUGCAAUUUUUUUUUAAUGAUAACAACAAAAUUUUGUUAAAAAAAAAAUAAUUAUUAAUUACAAGCUAUUUAUGAAUGAAAUUAACAAAAAAAAAAUAUUCUUAUAUUUUGUAAAUAUUAUAUAUGAAAGUAAUGUUUUGAACAUUUGUAAGUUAGAUUUUAAAUUAAUUAUAUAUUAAAACAGGCCGGUUCGUUGUAUGUUUGUACGUCUUUUAUAUUUUACCAAUAAAAUUCAAGUAAUAUUUAUAAAUAGUGAGAUGUGAUAGAUAUGUUUGUGUGGUAAUAUAUAGGCUGUAUAGAAAAUCACAUUUACAUUGAUAAAGUCAUACAAAUAUAUUAAAUGGGAUAAUCAAAACAGUAUCUAUAAUAAUGACUGUUAUGUACUGGUUAUAAUUUAUUAUAUAUUUUGGUAUAUAUUACAAUGUUAUAUAUAAGUUUGUGAUCAGUAAUGUAUUGCCUAUGUGGACAUUGCUUAUAUGUUAAGUGUGCCAUGUUAUUAUGAAGUUCAAAAUGUUAAUAGUACCAAAAGAAAUGUAAAUACAGACCUGUAAUAUACUAGUGUUAAGAUCAACUCGGAAUUUGUAUAAAAAAAAUAUUAAAAUAAUAAAAAAAUAUAUACAUAUACGAAUAUCUAUCGUAUAUAGAAUGUACUUAGAGAAAUGAUAUUACACCCCCAUUUUGUUAAAUGGACAAUAAAAUAUAUUUUUUAAUUAAAUAUGUAUAUAUAUAUACAUGUAUGUAUGUAUGUAUGUAUGUGUAUCUAUAUAUAUAUUAUGAACAAAUAUUCAAUCGCACUUUUGUGAAUAAAUAGAGUCUCUUAUAUACACACUGAAGCUUCUAACUUUUCUUGCUUCUCAACGCUGACUUGUCGAGCUUGGCCAAUAACUAAACUAGCUCUUAUUGUAACGCCAUAGAGUAGUUUAUUCUAAGAAUUCGUCCUAACUCAAUUCUUAAUACACGUGCCAUUUAUAUGUACAAUGUAAAUAAAUAGCUAUAGAUAUUCGGUCAAUUGAUAUUUUCAAUUUUGGAUACUUUUGUUACAUAGAUUAAAAUACGGAUUCAGCGUAUAUGCUGGAACAUAUGGACAUACAUUUCAUAUCAUAAGUAUGUUUUAAGAACAUCUGAGUAUCAUGCAUACAGAAUGUUGCAAAAACACCUCUGUUUUUUUUUAAUUUAAACAAGCAAGAAAAUAGAAGAAGAAAAAAUUACAAUGUGUCUAUGGCAGUGUUGUCCUUAGAAAAAAAAUAAUUUAUUUUUUUCCGUCAAAUUAUUCUUCAGUUUGGGAUUCUGUAAAGCAAAAUUAAUUUUGCCUUUAAAUAAUUUAAUGACAUGAGCGUUUUUUUAAUUCAUAUAAAAUUAACAAUAUAUUUCUUUCAGUUGAAUCAUCACUCAUCAGUUUAGAACUUUUAUUCGUACAUUUUUAUUAAUUUAAAAUCUUUAAAGCGUCUACAUACUUUGAGAAAUAUUUUUUGUUGAAUAAAAAUACUUAAAAACACAAGUAUUUAAUCAAAACCAAAACAAACGUCAUAUGUAAGUGACAUUUUUAUUAUUAUUUACAAAAUACAAUAACUAUUGAGUUUGUCUUGUCAAACUGAAUACGUCACGUGUUAAGUCCGGACAGACUAGUGGUAAGGGUGAUAGAGAUUUCAAUAGAUAGUUUUAACGAUUUAAAAAAUACUUUCGUUAAUAAAUUGCAUAAUUUAAUAUUAAGUACUAGCUUGUUAAACGAAAAUUAGGCUCUAGAAGACAAAUUAUGUGAUAAAAUGCUUAUUUUAAACGAAAAAAAAAAAACUUAUAUUCGUGUAAAUUUAACUAAGUAAAGAAUUAAAUAUUCUUAAAGUUAACUGUUGUUAUAGCUUUAUGUGAACCAAACGUGUUAUUAUGUUUUAAGUAAGAAGCUAUUAGCCGGAGAAUUAGAUAGGUUCUAUUGAUAUUGUUAGAAAUGAAAGGUUUUGUAAUAGCAGAAGCUGGUUAUUGGACAGUUCACUGUUAGACUCAGUAUUGGCUCAAAGUAUUGUUUGUUUUGGGAGUUCGGAAGUUUUAUUUUGUGACGUGUUUAAAAAAAUAAUAAUAAUAGGCAGAACCGCGGGGCAGGGAUAUAUCACGCUGUAAAUUUUCUAUUAGGACUAAGGCGAUCGACUUUUAGAUACAGAAGCUACCGGAAGGAAAAAUAAUUAAGAUUAGAAUCAAUGAUGAAUGUAAAAUUUUUUUGUUAUAUUUUUUUGUGUUUCAUUCAAAUAUUCUCGCAGCUUUUAUUUAUUAACGUAACAACCGGUUUUCGAGAGGAAGCCGUUGUUAUAACCACCGCAGUUGUAAAUAACGGAUUGAUUAAAUUAUAAUGACGA